ACAGACAGAAAAAAAUCGACUUUACUAUCCAUAGAAUACAUAACAACUGUAUUGCAUAUUAUUUACGUACAUCAUGGUACAUUACGCAUAUCGUAUUAAUACAGCGUACUAUUAUCGACAGGAGAGAGACUGUGGAGAUCUCUAGUCGAAGACGAUAUAUUGAGACCUGUCUACACUUUGGAAAUUCUUGUUGGGGAGCGCAUGGAAAACGCGGCAAUAUCCAGGGUGUACCUACCAUGCACACUUUGACAGCUAAAGCGCUACUGAAUGGAUUUCCGCAAGAUAACAUUGUAUCUUCCUCCAAGGUGCAAUGGAUUCUAUCCCGUUUGAUCAUCAGACAGCCUAUAUUACCAUUGAUGGAUAAAUAUUACAUUAAAGGGGGCGGCUUCCCUAAGGAUAAGUCGUACAUCCCAUCAAAGUGGGACCACAACGUAACACCGAUGAUUGAUAAGAGCGUUGAGUCAAUCAGCUGGAUGUACAAAAAGAUAGUAAAACAACCUACUAUGAUUAUCGCAACAAUAUUAAAAAUAUUGCUGUUGUAUCCAAUAGAGAUCAUCUUUGUAAUUGUGCGCAAGAUGAUACAGAGAAAACUCGCUAUAGACAUGUCGCAAUAAAUUGAUUAAUAUAUAAAGUUCAUUUUGAUGAAAAAUAGUUAAUAAAACAGUCUGUCAAAAUAACAAUAGAAAGUAUAA